AUGUCGAUCUUUAAGAAGUUGGGUAUUGGUGAAGCACGUCCUACAACUGUCACAUUGCAACUUGCUGACAGGUCCAUGGCCCAUCCAGAAGGAAAAAUAGAAGAUGUUCUAGUACAGGUUGACAAGUUCAUUUUUCCAGCUGAUUUCAUCAUCCUAGACUAUGAAGCUGAUAGAGAUGUGCCUAUUAUCUUGGGUCGACCGUUCCUUGCUACCGGGAGAACUCUGAUUGAUGUGCAAAAUGGGGAGCUCACAAUGAGGGUGAAUGACCAAAAAGUCACCUUUAAUGUGUUCAAUGCUAUGAGAUUUCCGGAUGAGAUAGAAGAGUGCUCCCGCAUAAGUGUAAUUGACUCGAUAGUGGCUGAAAAAUUUCACAAGGAAGCUUGGAAGGAUGAGAAAUUUAUAAGUUCUUUUGAUGAGCUGGAAGACUUGAGUGAAGAUGAAGACAACCAAGUUGCUUGGCUGGAGCCAUUGCAACCUAUUCCUAACUUCAGGAAGCCCUUUGAAUCUUUGGAGUUGAAGGAAAGUAAUUUUAAGCCUCCAAAACCCUCCAUCCAAGAACCACCGAAGUUGGAGUUGAAACCAUUGCCAAGCCAUCUGAAGUAUGCCUAUUUGGGGGAGAAUGACACGCUACCAGUUAUCAUAGCAUCAAACUUGGUAGUUGAAGAUGAAGGUGCUUUGCUAGAGGUGUUGAAAAAGCAUAAGAAAGCAAUCGGGUGGACUAUGGCGGACAUAAGGGGUAUUAGUCCCACGAUUUGCACGCACAAGAUACUUUUAGAAGCUGGUUGUAGCAAUUCUGUUGAGCAUCAGCGAAGAUUGAAUCCCGUCAUGAAAGAAGUGGUGCGAAAAGAAGUGAUCAAGUGGCUAGAUUAUGGUAUUGUGUACCCAAUUUCGGAUAGCUCAUGGGUUAGUCCUGUUCAAUGUGUGCCCAAGAAAGGAGGAGUCACGGUGGUGGCUAAUGCAAACAAUGAGUUGAUUCCUACUCGAACCGUGAUCGGUUGGAGGGUGUGUAUGGACUACCGGAAGCUAAACAAUGCUACUCGGAAGGAUCAUUUCCCGCUGCCAUUUAUUGACCAAAUGUUGGAUCGUUUGGCGGGAAAAGAGUUUUAUUGCUUUCUUGACGGAUAUUCGGGUUACAAUCAGAUUUCUAUAGCACCGGAAGAUCAAGAGCAAACCACCUUCACUUGUCCAUAUGGUACCUUUGCCUUUAGGAGGAUGCCAUUUGGAUUGUGCAAUGCUCCUGCGACUUUCCAAAGGUGUAUGAUGGCUAUUUUCUCGGAUAUGGCUGAAAGUAUUUUGGAGAUAUUCAUGGAUGACUUCUCUAUCUACGGGGAUUCAUUUGGGGUGUGUUUGGAGAAUUUGGAAAGAGUGUUAGCAAGAUGUGAAGAAGCCAACUUGGUGCUUAAUUGGGAGAAAUGCCACUUCAUGGUUCAAGAGGGUAUUGUGUUGGGUCACAAAGUGUCUAGCAAGGGGGAUAGAAGUUGA